AUGUCCUUCCUCGAGUCCUCUCUCCGCAUCCCCUCACAAGCAUCGAGAAGUUGGCGAACAGCGAGGUACUUUACCCGCGACCAGCGAAAGCAAAACCUCCUCUUUGCUCGCUCGUUCUCGUCGACCCUGCGCCGCCAUGAAAUCAACAAAGUCGUCCCCUCGGCCGCUGAAGCGAUCAAGGACAUGAAAUCCGACUCCACCCUCCUCUGUGGUGGCUUUGGACUCUGCGGUGUCCCUGACACUCUGAUAAACGAGGUUGCGAAAACACCGUCCAUUACUGGGCUUACCGCGGUCUCAAACAAUGCCGGCAUCCCAGGUGCUGGCCUCGGUCAGCUCCUGGAGACUAAGCAAGUGAGGAAGAUGAUUGCAAGCUACGUGGGUGAGAAUAAAGUGCUUGAGCAGAUGUACUUGACUGGAGAAAUGGAAUUGGAACUCACGCCCCAGGGCACGUUGGCUGAACGUUGUGCGGCGGGAGGCAAAGGAAUCCCUGCAUUCUACACCCCGGCUGCAUUUGGCACGGUCGUGCAGACGGGUGAGAUUCCACUAAAGCACAACAAGGAUGGCAGCAUUGCACAAUUUGGAAAGCCGAGGGACGUCAAGGUGUUCAAUGGCAAGUCUUAUGUUAUGGAAGAAGCGAUUGCAGGCGACUACGCUUUCGUGAAAGCAUACAAGGCUGACAAGCUCGGAAACUGCCAAUUCCGCCUCGCGGCAAACAACUUCAACGGUGCCAUGGGCCGAAAUGCCAAGGUCACCAUUGUCGAAGCCGAACACAUCGUCGAGGUCGGUGAAAUUGACCCAGUCGCUGUACAUUUGCCGGGCAUCUACGUGAGCAAAGUGGUACAAUCGACCGCCGAGAAGAAGAUCGAGAAAUAUGUCAACCGCAAAGAGGAGGGCGCCGACGUCAAAGACAGUCUCGGCAAGGGUGAUGCCGCGUCAAAGCGCGAACGCAUUGUGAAACGGGCCGCGAAGGAAUUCCAAAACGGCAUGUACGCCAACCUGGGUAUUGGUAUGCCUAUGUUGGCCCCAUCCUUUGUGGAUUCCUCUGUCGAGGUCCAGUUACAAUCCGAGAACGGCAUUCUCGGCCUGGGUCCGUAUCCGUUUAAGGGCGAAGAAGAUCCAGAUCUCAUCAACGCUGGAAAGGAGACCGUCACUUUGCUCCCAGGCGCGUCGUGCUUCGGAUCAGAGGAGUCAUUUGGCAUGAUCCGCUCUGGACGUAUCAACAUGUCUAUGCUGGGGGCCAUGCAAGUCUCUGCGAGAGGUGAUCUGGCAAACUGGAUGUUACCUGGGAAGGUCAAAGGCUUCGGUGGAGCAAUGGAUUUGGUGAGCAAUCCAGAGAAGACCAAAGUGGUGGCUUUGAUGGAGCACACGGACAAGAAGGGAAAUCCCAAGAUUCUGAAGCAGUGCGAGUUCCCUCUCACUGGAAGAGCGUGUGUUUCGAGAAUCAUUACGGAACUGUGCGUCUUCGAUGUGGAUUUCACCCACGGUCUGACACUCAUUGAACUCGCUGACGGGGUCACCGUCGAGGAGAUCAAGGCUAAGACCGAGGCUCCCUUCAAGGUCGCGGAUAACAUCAAACCCAUGCUCUAA